AUGACGUGCGCGAAGGAUCGAUACUUUAGUCUCAAUCGAAUUCUCAUGCUCGCUAUUGGUUUGUGGCCUUAUGAACAAUCCAAACUCAUUCGACUACAAUUGACUUUGCAUUACGGAAUUCUGGGAAGUUUUAUUGUAUUUCAGGUAAAACAUUUAUUAGAACUUCUCCAAGAUACCUACGAUGAGCUAAGAGACGAAGAUGAAAUUGCCAUUAUGGAAAAGUAUUGGAACAUCGCAAAACGUUACACUGAAAUACUUACGCUGCUCUAUAUCUUCAUCGAUAUUUUGUUCAUCUUUUCUCCAUUUUUGCCACAUAUAAUCGGUACUAUGUUCUCUGUAAACGAAUCCCAGCUGCAGCCAUCAUUAAAAAUCGUCACAGAAUACUUCAUCGAUCAAGAAAGAUAUUUUUAUUUAAUUAUACUGCAUGCAGAUGUAGCAUUCUUUAUAGGAUCACUUGCAAUGCUAGCGACGGGAACAAUGUUUUUAACGUAUAUGCAACAUGUCUGCGGAAUGUUAAAAAUUGCCAGCUAUCGUAUAGAACAAGCCAUGACAAUUGGUAUUAGACGAAUGAAUGGCAUAAAAAAUGCAAAUUUAAUUUGUAAGGGCAUAAUUUAUGCCAUAGACAUACAUCGCAAAGCUUUGAAGUAUAGUAUUAUUAAAUCUAUUUUUCGAGAAAUAUCAUCUGGAUAUAUUAGCGAAAAAGUGAUACAGUGCUUCAUAAUUUUGAAUAUUCAUUAUGUAUACACAUUUCUUUCCACCAAUAUUGCGCAACAAAUUAUAGAUCAUAAUAAUAGCAUAUUCGUUACAGUAUACAAUGGUUACUGGUAUGUAGUUCCCUUACAUGUGCAAAAGCUAAUAUUGUUCUUAUUACAAAGAGGCACUAAAACUUUUAAGAUAAUGAUUGGUGGAUUAUUUGUGGGUUCCUUAGAAGGCUUCGCCACGCUAGUCAGCGCGUCAUUCUCUUACUUCACAUUUAUUUAUUAUACAAAUCAAUAACGUGCC